AACAUUGUGACAUUUGACUGAUUUAUUAUUUGACAUUUUCAAUUUUAUUGAUUUUAAGCUUUUUCACUGAAUAAAAAUUGAUCAGAGAAUUCUUCAUGCGUUCAUUUUAUAUUUGCUACAAAAUAGUUUCUGAGUGAAAUUCGUGUAAAGUAAGAAAAAUUGAAGCACACUUUCAAUUCAUCCUGUACUGUCAGCAUGACUUUCAAUAUGGCAAUCAUUCAUUUGCGCUUUGUGCUAACCUGGCAAAGCGUCAGAUAAUCAGCAUCAGGUUUGAAAAUUUGUUUACUUUUUGAAGCUUUGCUUGCAGCGAGUACAUUUAACCGUAAAUUUUCCAUACAAUGGACAAUCUGGUUACAACAACGACAGAAAAUAAUGGUCUCAUCGGUUGUAAGUUACAUGUGCAGUACAAGCUGCGAGCAGCCGUUGCACUAAACGAAGGUGAUAAACGCAGUGCUGUGUUAUAUCAAACCCUGUCCCUCGGAGCAUCGAAACGACAUAAAUAUUCUCAAGCAUUCCGGCAAAAGUGCGAUCUAGAUGGUUUAAUUAGGAAGGUGAUCAACAGUGAAACGAACAAACAGUUGUCUGCACCAUCCACGAAUCAUGAAGAUUUUGCCGAUCUUUGCACACGAUGUGACGAACUACCUGCAGAAUGGACGGUGAUACAGAUUGCGAAAGAUUACACACCAAUGGCCACCUGCCUGACGCACGAGGAACUGUUGCGAGAACCGACAGCAGUGUGGUUAACCGUGUUUCGAUGCAGUGAUCCGUGUGAAGGCACGCCAUUCGAACCAAUUCUUAUUCCACUAGAUCCACCUGCCGACAAGCCUUCCGAAAGGUAUCCAAACUUCUUUGAACACAUCUCCUCAAUUCCUGCUGAGGUGCGAAAUGCAAUCGCAAACCACGAAUCGACGGACAACCGGGCUAACCGCCUCGAGCUCGUAGAACAGUUGAUAAGUUCAGCAGUUCAGCGAACGGCCGAGUGGUUGGGACCGUGGUCUAAUCUUCUGGUGGGGAAGUUUCGUUCUCCGAACGACCAAAAGCUAGAGAGCGAAAUUUUUAACCAAAUCGAAGAGUUUUGUAUCCACAACCGUAUCAAUCGCACCGUACAACGACUUGUUUCACUCGUUGCACGUCGGCUAGAUUUGUUAGAUGAUUUUCAGCUAUUCGAAUUGUGCAUGAGUGAGCCGCUCGAUCUGGAAGAUAGCAAAGCGGAAGCCCUGUACGAUUUACUGUCCGACAUGAAGCGGCAAAAGUUCCAGGAUAAAAAGGAAGAUCGACUCAACUGCUACCCGGUGCUUCUUGUAGUCGAUGAGCUGCUCGAUAGUUUGUCGUGGGAAAUGUUACAUCCAACCGGGGAGUUUAGUCGAUUUGCCAACUUCCGCACGCUGAGUGAAUUGUACAGGCAGCACGCAACACGGAUCAAGAACGGCUAUUUUACGCUUGCUGCAAAGGAAUGCUACACGAUCAUCAAUCCCGAUAAUAACCUUGACAAAAUGAGUGCACGUUUGCAGAUGUUUUACAAGGAAUGGUAUCCCGAAUUCGAGCUGCUUAUCGAUCAAGCACCAAAGGAAAAUGAAUUCAGCGAAGUGCUGAACAAAUCGGAUGUACUUAUCUAUAACGGCCACGGAAGCGGAAUGCAGUUUAUGAACGGUGAAACGCUACUGCAGCGCGAUAUUAAUUGUGUGACGUUUCUCUUCGGUUGCGAUUCCGUCCGGUUACACUCGAACGGUCUGUUUACGGAAAUGACCGGCACGCACAUGUACUACAAUGCAGCCCAUUGUCCCACCGUCAUUGGGGCGCUGUGGGUAUUGACCGAUCUGUUUACCGAUCUCUAUUCGAUGUUACUCGUCGGAAACUGGAUACCGACGACGAAUUCGGUCUAUGCCAAGCACAACAUCUCUUUUCUCGAUACGGCGGCAUUCAAAGCGGGCAAGUGGCUAUUCAAAAAAUCAUCCUCCAGUACGAAACCGUUCGUUGGCAAACAUUCCAAUUUGCUAAGGCUGAUGGGUGAUUGCAGGAUGUUUCAUUACCUGCCGCAACGGAUACGGUGUGCGUUCGUUUGCCGUGGCUUGCCUGUUAUUAAUGAAGCAUGCAUUUGAAUAGCGAACGGUGUCGAAUUCCGGCUAUUUUUAAGUGAAACGC